AUGAGUUCGAGGGGCGAAGUAGCGUUUUCGGUCAAAGAAGUCAAGCAGUUGCUAGGUGUUAAGUUCAUCACGGAGUCCUGCAUACUUCUGAAUCUCUCCUAUCAGUCAAGAUACAAAGCACUUGUUCUAUUUUACAAUUUCAAUGAAAAGGUAGAUUUUGCAGGCUUGUGCAUGGCCUCCCUCCUCCUAGCUUCAAAGCUAGAAGAAGAGGUCUGUACCUUAAAAAAGGUGAUAUACGUCUUUAACUAUCUGUAUACAAGAUAUGAAUCAAAGCCCACACCACUGACUAACAGACUAUCAAUUAGGCUCAAGGAAGGAUGUAUACUCGCAGAAACGCAGAUACUGAAAUCCUUAGGAUUCGACGUGUCGUUUGAAGAUGUAUAUGGCGAUUUCAUUGACUUUCUUCAAGCCAUAGACCUUUCCCCAGACCUCACAGAUAAAGCCGUCCGGGUUUUCAACACAAUGAUACAGUGGCCUAGAGUGAAAGAUCUUGAUUCUAGAAAGCUGGUGGAAGCCGUAAUGGAAUCCUUGCUCGGAAAAAACAAGGAACUUGAAGACUUCGUCGCGAGAUACAGGCUGUUCCAGGAAAAGAAGUUCAAUCUGGAAACUUACGAGGAAAUACCUGCAAUAAGAAACAUAAGUGAAAGCCUAAUCACAGGCUUCGUCAAAAGACAGAAACGAAAGUAG